UCACCUAAGCAGACCCUUGCUUUACCCCAUAAGUUACCUCAUUGAUCGCUAAUUCUUAAAAUAUUUAACCAAAUAAUAUUUUCACUUGUGGUCUUAGCUAACGUUACCCCAUAGCUAUGUGUUGGUGUUUGGCCUCGGAAACUCAGUGAAGAUGUCUAGCUACGGUUAAAUAGCUAACGUUAGCCAGCUAACUUAGCUUGCUAAUUAGGUAGCUAGCUCCUUCUGUAACGUUGAGCUCGCUCAGUAUUCAGACAUUAUUGUAGUGAACUAGAGCAGUGCAGUCUAAGGGCACUGAAUAAUGCUGCAUUUGACGUGAGCUCUAACAAGCUAGGUAGCUAGCCCUUCACUUCCAGGCAGCUUUAGCCACUCACUUCUAGGCAACUUUAGCGGGCACUUUGCAUGGAGACUAGAGUACAUGUUUGUAGAGUAGAGGGAAUACACGAUGAUCGAUCAACUGUAUGUAUAGGGCUUUGCCACCUGAUGAUUUGGGUGGGUGUAGUCUUCUCACACCCCUCAUCCUGAGUGAACCCCCUUGAUGCGCCCCUGUACACCCAAACACACACGCAUUCAAUCCACGCACCGGCGAUGACACACCAUCCCAACAACUCAGUUCGAGACCACAUGAAAUGGGCUGGGUUGCUGGGCUGUGAGGCGGUGCUGUCCAGCAUGGCCCUGAUGCAGGCCAACAACAUGUCUGGGGGACAAAAGAAGAUGUCACAGCACGACCAGAGCCAGAGGGACAUCAACAACCCUGAGAGCCACCAGCAGCAGUCUCACCAAUCUCACCACAACAAUCACCAGUCCCACCACAGCCACAUGGUCCUGCCCUUGGGAGUCAGCUGCCCACCCCUGUUUAUUAGAAAGGAUGGACACCCAUGUCACGCACCCAGGCUGCUGGAUGAGAAAGAUAUGCAGGCCAGCCAGAAUACACAACCAACAAAAAAGAAGCACAGAAAAUCAGCCACACCCAACAAGCUGAGAGAGAAAGUGGAGCAGGUGGAGAUGGAUAUUAACGGUGAUGAUCACAAUUCACAAGUACAGAAGAACUUCAUCUGUGAGCACUGCUAUGGAGCAUUUCGAAGUAGCUACCACCUGAAGCGGCACAUUCUCACUCAUACAGGGGAGAAGCCGUUUGCGUGUGACGUGUGUGACAUGCGGUUUAUUCAGCGAUACCACCUGGACAGACACAAGAGAGUUCACAGUGGAGAGAAGCCCUACCAGUGUGAUCGCUGCAAUCAGAGUUUCUCGCGGACGGACCGUCUGCUACGUCAUCGCCGUCUGUGUGGGGCGGGAAGGAGCAUUCCCAAGGAGGAGAACCAGUCAUUCUCCUGCGAGGGCAGAGGAGGAGCCUACUCCCAGGAUGCACCUGGGCACACGGCUGCCUGGAGCCCCCUACAGCAGCAGAGCAGCCGUCUGGCUGUCUGACCUUUAAACGCUGACCCUCUCACAGAUAGCAGUCCUCAGCUCAGUGGCACCACAUACUGGAGCAGAGCAGUGCUGCAUCCUCCCUCAGCCCAGAUAAACCUGGCUAAGACAAAGACCCCAAACCUUAAGUUGUUCUCACCAACUAGCUCAUAUCCUGUUGAUGGGAUAGUGGAUUAUUUUCUACUUUUGUAAUAACUUUUUAAAUAAAUGUUGUAUUGUUACGUACAUGGUACUUAACAGAAGGGGAAGACGAGACCUCGGGUGGGGUGGGAGGAGUUUGGGCAAGCUGUCAUAUUACUACGGCAAUAAUGAAUUCAUUAACUGACUUGUUUUAGCCUCAAUUGGACAAGUGUUUGUUUUUUUUGACUGGAGACUUAAGCUCUUUCCAGACAGUAAGAGAAAAUUCAGAGUGGAGUUCGGCGAAAUCGAGCAGAUUCCUAUUAUCUCCGUAAGGCAGCUUUCACGUGCACUGCUGACCGAUCCGCCUGGAUAGAAUCCCCCACCCCCACCUAGCUCCGUCGAAUGGGAAACUCCACCGCCACUUCCUGCCUGGAAAGCCCUUUAAUGUGAGGUUGGUCUGGUCAUACCAAUAUGAACAACUGGCUUUGCUUCUUCUUUUAAAACGCUUUUUUUUUUACCAUUUGAUUGUAUGUGUACGCUUACCAUUGGACAAUACUGAUCAGUAACCUAGGACCCUCUUCCUGAUCCACUAGCAGCCUCAGUGGUCAAGCACAUCAUACUAUGGACAUUAUUAAGUAUUUGAAGGAACGUGUUGAACACACAAAUCCUUGUGGCCUUGAACCACUCAGAUUCAUUCAAGUUGGUUCUGUUACUACUACUAGCUUAACUGUUCCUGGUUUGACUUGUUAGUGAAUGGCCGUAGCCUAAUAGACCUGUGUAACUAGCUGACCCUACCUUGAUAUUGAGAUCAUUGGGCAGUUGAUGCAUUUCUUGCUCUCCAUUGUUAGUGUCAUUUACAUACAUCCAGUUCUUGUUAUGUUUGACUCAAUUCUGUCUAAAGAUAUCCAACUUUCUAGUUUGCUACACUGGUCAGAUGUUUAACUCUAGAACCUCUCAUAGCUACCGUUUUGGGGAUAGUGACCAUGGAAAUGAAAUGACUCAUGUCCAUUCUAGUAUUCUAAGUGAUCUCGUGUUUCUUUGUUGUGAAUAAUCAGGUGUCUUAUCUCAAAGGACAUCUGUGCAUGUAAGCCUAUUCUAUAUUCAUUCAGACUCUAUGAAGAGUAUCAAUAGGUAUUUUUUUGUCUUUUGUUAUCAAAUGUCCUGAGUAUGUCGAUCCAUCUUGUUAUAUUUCUGGUGUUAUUUUAAAGAAGAGGUAAUCUCAUGAAGCAGGACGGUUGACCUGCUCUGACCCAGUUUGUGAACAAAUGCUUCCUCUAGAAUAUCAUACCAUGUUGAUGUUUCUACAGUGAGCUCAGUGUUGUGACAGUUUUUGUUGUUUUCGCUCUGUGCUCCAGCACGUUGGAUUGGAAUGAUACGAGGUUAAAGUGCAGACCGUCAGCUUUAGUUUCAUCCAAAUCGGGUGAGCCGUUAAAUAAUUACAGCAUUUUCUGGUCAUAGUCUCCCUGUUUUAGGGGUUCCAACGUAUUGGGACAAAUUCACUUCUACAGUAUGUGUAUUAAAGUUAAGUAUUUGGUCCAAUAUUCAUAGCAUGUAAUGACUGCAUCAAGCUUGUGACUCUACACAUUUCUUGGAUGCAUUUGCUGUUUGUUUUGAUUGUUUCAGAUUAUUUUGUAAUAGAAAUGAGUGAUAAAUAACUCACUGUCAUUUUGGAGUCAGUUAUUGUAAAUAAGAAAAUAAUGUUUCGAAACACCUACAUUGAUGUGGAUGCUUCCAUGAAUACGGAUAAUCCUGAAUGAAUCGUGAAUAAUGAUGAGUGAGAAAGUUAGAGGCACAAUGUAAAAUGACACUACAUUAUUUACCAUUAAUUUCUAUUGUGCACAAAAUAAUCUGAAACACAAGUUUGUAGAGUGACAGGUUUUAACGUAGUCAUUGCGUGCUAGGAAUAUGGGACCAAACACUAAACUUUUUACUACUUUUAAUACAAGGGAAUUUGUCCCAAUAAAUUGGGGAGACUAUUUACAAAAAGUGUUGUAAUUUCAAAAUGCUUCACUCGAUAUUGAUGAAAAAACCCUCAAAUAAAGCUGAUAGCCUAGUCUGCACUUUAACCUUCUAGUCAUUGUAUAAUUUCAAAUCCAAUGUGCUGGAGUAAAGAGCGAAAACAUGUCACUCCCAAUAAUUUGAGCUCACUUUAUUCACCUCUAGCAUCUAAAGUGAAGAUUACCAUUUCUGAAAUCCAAAUCGACCUCUACAACCUAGGCACUCCUGUAUAUCGGAGAGAAAUUCUAAUCUGGUAUUAUGGGGUAAUGCCAUCUUGUCUAAUCCUCUCAGACCUACAGGAAUGGCUAAACAGUAGGUGCUAGGGGUCGUUUAGAAUUCAGUAUAUUUCCACUCUGUAGAUAUCCAUGGUAGCAGACGUUCCACUGGGGAGGUUUUUCUCUCACAUUUGUAUUGGAGCAUCUCCGGUUCCAUUAUGGUAGCCUGGUCCCACAUCAGUUUGUACUGGCUUGCCAACUCCUGUGGUUAUUGCCAUACCGAUGACCAUAGGAGUUGGCAAUACAGCACAAACAGAUCUGGGACCAAGCUAUCAUUGACAUUCUAUAUCUAUAAACACUGGAUUGAGGAAGCCCAAAAUAUAGGAGAUACAACAGUUAUCUGUAUAGACCGAGAAUCUUUUCUAUAGAGGACAAGUAGUUACUAUUGCAUCACGGUCAGAUUGUAAGUCGUGUCAAAGGAGUUUAUGGCCCUUUACAAAGACUAAAGCCAGUUAGUUUUCUACUGCUGAAUUUAAGUUAAUAUAUAUUUUAAAAUUCAAUUAGGAGUAGAGGCAGAACUGCCACUAGUGCCUGUCUACUGUAGCAGUCAUAAUUAACGUUUUAUUACUAGUAGUUUUGCAUGCAUAUGUGAUUGUCAAAAUGAAGGGAUAUUGUAUAAAUGUUUUUAGUACAAAUUGUUUAAAAAUAAAAUUAGUUUUUUUUAAAGUAAAAUAACUUUGUCAUUAUCACAAUCCUAGUAAAGUUGUGAUAAAAUAAAGUUGACUCUGUAACAUUGUAGUGAAUGGAAAAACUAGGGCCUCAAGCUUUAAUAAACGUGUUUCUCUUUUUAAA